AUGCAGUUUUACCAGUUUAUUCUCGUUGUGAAUAUUUUUGCUUGUCCUUUAUUGACAAAAAGUGAGAUCACACCAGUUCUUUUAAAUAAAUUCGAAUUAACUCAUGCUGGUUUUUCAACACUUCUUCGUACAUGGACAUUGAAUUCAACAUCAUGGGCUUUAGUUAUCUCUUGUUUUAAUGCAGUUCCAAAAACUACCGAUUAUGUUUAUAGUGUACCUAAUAUAGGACAACAAUUAACAACACGAAUUACACCAACACUUGUAACUGAUCAAAUAAUAUGGCCUAAUGGCAUUGUAGCAGCAGAUCGAUUAGUUGAAUAUUCAAUGAUUGUUCCAAGUGGUUUUCUUGUUCCUGGUAAAACUAAUGGAAAUCUAUAUUUUAUUUCGGAUACAAAUAUAAUACCAUUAGUACCAGAUGAUAAAAAAAAUUGGUUUUAUCAUGAUGCUGAAUUCAAAGAUAUGGAUGGGGAUGGUCAUAUUGAUAUCGUAACUGGACGUGCAAAUGUUCCACUUGUUGGUAGACCAACAACUCAAUUAGUUUGGCUGAAAAAUCCAGGAAAUCAAACAAUAACUGGUCCUUGGAAUCUUAAUUAUUUAUUAACUAAAGGUGGACCAGAUAUUCAAGUACAAUUUGCUGUAGUUGAUUCAUUACAAGUUCUUUUUGCUAACUCAUUUUUUGAACGUAAACUUCAAAUGUUCUGGUCUGAUUUAGAUCCAUUGUGGAAUGACAGUACUAAAUUACAUGUACGUCAUAUUGACUAUGAACCACAUCCAUAUGAAUGUAUACAAUUAACUCUAGAUCUUAAUGGUGAUAAUAGACCUGAUCUGCUUGUUACUGUCAAUGAUGAAUUUAAUGGUUCAUUAAUUGCUUAUGAACUUCCAUCAUCAGGUGAUAUACGUAGAGGAAAUUUUACAAAACAUAUUCUUGCUAGUGGAUUUAAACCACGUGUUCAAGUUAAAGGUCAAGGAGCACCAGGACAAGCCAUAGCAAUUCAAUACUAUUCAUUUACUGUACGAAAAAAACCUAUUUUAAUAUUAUCUGGUGAUGAUGAUGGUUGUGUAUAUUUACUAGAAGCAAUUCAUGAUAAUGAUCCAUCAAAUUGGGAAUAUUCAAUGAAAAUAAUUCAUCAAUCGGAAAAAUCAACAAUUGGUCAAGUUAGUGUUGAAGAUGUUGAUAGUGAUGGACAUCCAGAAAUGUUUGUACCUGCUUAUAAUGAAGGCAUUGUCUAUAUUUAUCGACUAGUGGAUAAAUAA